UAAACACAAAGGGAAAUAGCUGUCUUUGGAAAUUACGGCUGGUGGUGGAAACGGAAGAGAAAAACUCAUAAUAUAUCAAAUUUCAUUGAUAUUACUUAUAAAAACAGAAGGAUCGGAGUUCUUUUGUUUUGAAACAGUCAACAGAUUCUUCUCGGCAUAACUUGGACAUUCUUUAUAUUACUCUGAACUGAAGGAUUUGCAUAGAAUUUGUUUCAUACUCUAGCAGGAUAAUUCAUAAAAAUAUUUGGUAGAAUGUCUUCGUUGGAUGAAUCGGCGGAAUUGAGAAAACAGCGAUUGCGCGAGUUGCGUAAAAUUAGAGAAUCACAGACAACUCAAGAAGCCCCAGAUCCUGAAGAACAAGGGGAAUUAAUAAAGCAUCGUAAUUAUGAUCCUGAGGCACAGGCUCCUCGUAUGGGAUUUAUUGAGCCCCCAAAAGCAGACGUUACGGUUGAAACUAUUUCAAAGGAUAUCGAAAACGAAACGAAACGAAAAAUUCAAGAACAAGAAAGUAUACCUGAGGAAGAGUUAGACUUGACUACAUUACGGCCCAAGAAGCCUACUUGGGAUUUGGAUAGAGACUUGAAAGAAAGGAUGGCAGUCUUGGAACCCAAAAACCAAAAUGCUCGUGCAUAUUAUAUUCGACAAACAAUUGCUGAUCGGGAGAAGAAAAAGCAACAGCAACAAGAACAUACAGGUUGAAGAAUUUGUUGUCUUGACAUUGUUGUCCAAUAUUUGAUAUCUCCUUUUUUGAUUUGUCUUCUAGUUCAUUUCAUUAUGUUCAUUUUAUUUAUGCUUCUAUAAAUAACGACCCAUACAAAAGUUCAUAACCUUCGAUUGUCAUUUUUUAGGCUUUUUUGUCGUAAGC